AUGCUAGCUCUUAUCUUUUGGAAGCUAAGCUUAUUGUGGAUCACUGCACAUUGUUUGGCUUUGACUGUUGGUUGUAUAGUAGCAAGUUAUUUAAUGACUUGUUCAAAAGGAGAAUUCUUAUGGGAUUUCUUUGAAAAUUAUCUCAAUGAAAAGUUGAAUUCGAACAGACCUGAUUUCCCUCAUGUGGAUCCUAGAAAUAGUCAGAUCCGUAGUCUUCCAUGGAAAGGUGUAACUAUACCGGAAUCAGUGAAUGAGUUGCUCGAAGACUUAAUUGAACAGCUUAUCGAUAAUUACAUCAACGUUUGGUAUAAGACCAGUAUAAGCGAUGAUGGGACGUAUCAGAUUCGUUAUGCCGUCGCUAUUUUGUACUUGCGCUUCCAGAAGAUUGAUUUGUCUUCAGUGAUCUUAUUUGAAGUAAUACCUUUGACAGUCGCGCAUUGCGAAAAAAUUCAUCAUAUGGCUGGAGCUGUGAAUAAAAAUGUAUUGUCGUCUCAAAUGUUUGAGACGAAAAUUUUGGAGGGUCUGCCAGAUGUGCAUUUUGCUCUGAGUUCGAGGCAAAAUGAAGUUGAUUAUCUUCGUCAGUUAGCUGAUCAUAUAGUUGGCCUUGUGGUAGACGAGAGUCGUAUUGCAGGUCAUUCUAAUGAUGAUGAUGCCCCUUUCCGCGACACACUUUCUAAUCAUACGCGUCCAUGGCCGAGUCAUGUAUGUCGUCAUUUUCUGCGAGAACUAUUUGUAUUUUCCUUUUUUCUUCCCUUUUUGGAUUUAAUUGCUGAUCCUGACACUCUUAAUCGCAUGCUGGUAUUUUUAUUCGACUCAAAUGUUCUGAAAUAUCAGCAUAUGUCACAGAAAACUGCAAAAGUGGAAAUUUUAAGUGGGUUUACUGGUUAUUCCUUACGUGAUACUCCAGAUUCACUGUUGCAGUUGAAACUUAGUGAUAUGCUACGAGAUACACGACAGCUACUUAUAUUCAGGGCUUACUUAAAUGAUAUUCAUGCCUCACUAAAUGAUUUAGAUUUUUUGAUUUAUGCUGGAGAUGCGCAUAGACGAAUGCUCAAUACACCUAAUGAUGAUGUUGCACUGAAUGAACUUCACCAUGAUGUUUGGCAAGUGUUUACUAAAUAUAUUGCUGAUGGUGCACCAGAGAAAAUCAACAUGCCAAUUGAUAUUGUUUGUGAGUUCAAGGAUGCAGUGGAACUACAUAAUUUUCAGUUGAUUGAUCGAUGUUUAGAAAAAGCUUUCCAAGUGGUGUACAAACGGAUGCAAUGCGAAUAUGCGAUACCAUUUUGCCAGUCAGAAUGCUUUUUAGGUAAUUUAUGUGGUUCACCACCUGUUAGUGUCGAUGACUUAUAUGCUUCAAUUGAGCGUUCAUCUUCGGAUUGUCGCCUUUUACCCACGAUUGAAUCUAACUACACUCUUACACAGUUCAGAAAUCGCUUUUGGCGAAUGGUAUCACCAACAGCUACAGAUGAGUCGUUGCUAGAUCCGUCUGCCUAUCAAUUAAGUGAUGUAGUGUUGUCACAGCUUGAAAGAACUAAUCAGACUGAAACUAGCACAGAAAUCGUCCAAAACGUAAAUUCGGCAUCAUCAUUACAAAAUAUGGUAAUAUCAGCUUUUCAACUUUUAUUAAACAUUGAGGAAGAUAAAAAUGAGGAGACGAUUAUGUCUAAUCGGCCUGUUGAAAAGUUUGCUGAACAACAGAUUGAUAUGAGCAACGCAUAUGAAUUACCAAUGUUUAUUCCGGAGCGUGAUAUAGGUCAGUGGAACAUCACUAUUCCACAUAUUCAACCACGGCGAGAUCCUGUUACUGGUCAUACAAUGUAUGUGUAUGUUAUCUCGGUUCAACAAUGUGAUGUAAAACACGAAAGCAACGAAACAUUUCUAUCAAGCACUGAGAUGCCACAAACAAAAUGGUCAAUAAUUCGGUGUUUCUAUGAAUUUUAUGUUUUGGAGUCGAAAUUGCUAGAAUUUCAUGGAAAUAUGAUUAAAACAGAAUGUCUACCACCUAGGCGACCUUUCAAUGUGAAAAGUCGUGCUUGUGUUGAAUUACAUCGUGAACAUUUUGAGCAUUUUAUUCAGCAACUAGCAAAACAGCCAGUUUUAAAGCAUUCUGAUUUGUUAUUUGUAUUUCUUACUACGGAACGGGAAUUCAAGGAUUCAACACAAAUUUCUGAUCUUUACCCCUGGAAUGUUGUGAAAAAAAUGCCCAGUAAAUUUGCUCGUGAAAGAGGGCAAAAUUUGAAACCGUUUAUUCUGUCGCUUCUGGCAACAACGUUGGCUCCACAACCUUAUAAUUUAACUCAUUCUGAAAUAGCACUUAAACGUGUCGAGCACUCGGAAACAAGCAGUCUAUCAUCAUCCAAUCCUGAAAUUACACAUCGAACAUGUAAAGUGUUACAGAGUGAUAUAUAUGGCAAUAAUUGUCCAUCUGUACAAAUAAAUUAUUCUUUCUCAGAACCAAAAAUCUGGACUAGAAGUUUAUAUGAUGCUGUUUUGUUUCUUUUGAAUCGACUAUUUGGUGUUGUUCAAUGGCCUCUAUGGAUCAUUAUCAGUAUUCGGCAUUUAAUGAAGGAUACCAUUGACGCAGUUGUAGCUACUUUUUUCAGACGAUUUCUGAAUAGCCUCUUCAUUGAAGCGAAUUGUAUACACAUAUUACAGUUCAUACAAGAUUCGCUUUUUGGUGUUGGUUGUUCAGCAACAACUGAUCAGGAAAAAGUCCUACGAAUGGAGCUGGCAGAGCGUUUGACAUUAGAAUAUCUUCAAGAACAACUGCCGCACUGUUUUAUCAACUUAAUUGGUCAGAAGGAAUUUCGUAAUGGCUUACAUAAUGUUUUACAUAUCUUUCAAUAUCCACGAUUGAACAAACAGUUGUCGUAUGUUUAUCUUGAUGUGAUUAUGCGAAAACUAUUUCCUGUGCAAAAUGAACAAAACGAGGUAUUUGUUUCAUCUCACGCUUCAGUAAUAUCUUAAAU